UUUCCCCAUUUUGCUGUUCUGCUCCAAACAGCUGUGAGUGGCUCGAUGCGUGCAGCCAAGCGAGGGCCGCUACAAUCACGACCGCUCGUUACAGCAGCCCUGCUGUCCUCGUUGGUGGUGGUGCUGUGCUGGUGUGCCGAUGCUCAGCCUGACGCAGCCCUGAUGACGGACGCCCACCUGCGCUCGUCCUCGGGUGCUGCAGCCACACCGACCACCGCAGCGAGGUCGCAGCAAGAUCCCAGCAGCAGCAGCAGCAGCAGCAGCAGCAGCAGCAGAAGCAGCAAUACCCAGAGCUCGAUCGCAUCAUCUGUCGUGCCGCCGCUCGUGUCCAUCCUCGCUCCGUCCACCACAUCGCCCUCUGAGGAAGAGUUCAACGAGGCCGUCCGUCACUACGUGAUUGCCGGGCUCGUGUUUGCCUUCUUGUAUGCAAUGGCAUUGCUAACAAUUCGCGCCUUCUUGCGACCAGCGACGAUCGGUGGCAGUGCACCGCCGACGCCGGCUGCAACGAGUGCAAGUGGUCUCGCACCGUUUCCAACAUCGAGCACAAGCCAUGGGAGCUCAAGUAUGGCCGAUCUGCCAUUGCCAGCGCAACCAGAUCGUCCGGCACCAGUCCAUGCUCGUCGCGGCUGGCUGCGCUCUUUCCCAGUUCGCGCACGGGGAUCCAUCACGCACAACGUGAACAUGCUCAAGCCACAAUCAUUGAGCUACUCGCCAGAAGAUGAUGCCGUUGCCGAGAAAGUAUCAAUUUGGCUUUGCACCUUCACUUUGGCCGUUAGUCUGGCUGCUAUCUUGCUAUUGCCCAUCAGUAUUGUAUCAAACGAAGUCCUACUACGUUAUCCUGAUGGUGCCUACAUCCAAUGGCUGAAUGGUCGCUUAAUUUAUUUCUUCUGGGACUUUAUCUUCCUGUCUUCAAAUGCUGCUCUGUUUGUUUUGCUACCCUUCGCGUACUUUUUCAUGGAGGCGGUCGGGCUCUUUGGACGGGGCCUGCUGGCACGUGUGUACGAAACGUCCUUUCUUGUCGGACUGUUAUCGCUGCUUUUUAUAGUCUUCGCGUAUGUGAUUCAAGCUACCUUUACCACCCAACCGCUGGCCAAUUUUCUACACUACUUUUUCUUUCUGUAUUCUGGCGUCUCUCUUCUCGGCGCCGUCGUAUCACUAUGGUACACACCGCUCGGAGUUGCGCAGUUUGUGGCUCGCGCGUCCCACAUUUCUCUCCCUCAGCCGGAAGCUCCAAAGACCAUUGAUUCCAAGUUGAUUUCUUCUGCGGAUCGACUGCAGGAAAUUGCUUGGGAAGAGACCCGACUUCGGCUGGAAUUAACGCGACACCAGUCAGUCAUGGCUCCUGCCGUCGAACGUGAUCAAGUCCUGUCAUCUCUUGCUGCACUGGACCGGGAGAAGCAUCUCAUCCACCAGCACGCCAAGCUCGGCCAGAGCUCCCACUGGCUGCGUCGGGUUUUUCGUUCCAUCUCGUCCGUCUGCACCUCCUUGGCUGUACUCGCCUUGUCUGGGUACUUUAUGCUGCAGAUGGCCUGGAAUGUGCUCACUAGUAUCCUUAAACCAGGAACCUGGCCUCUCGAGUAUGCAACUGAAUUUGCCUUUGGCGUGGCCAGCUCGUCGUCGAUUUUAGGCACCGUUGGCGCUGUCUUGGACAUUGUCUUGAUGGGUUACUUUCUUGGCUGCUCCAUUCUCGGGAUAUUAUCGUCUCCAUGGUUUCGACGCAUCCGACCUCAGCGCCACAAUACGUCCAUCGAGCUGAUCAUCUUAAAUUGCGCCGGUUUUCUGUUGCUCAGCUCGUCAUUGCCAUUACUCUCGCGAAUUCUUGGUGUCACGAAUUUCGACUUGCUUGGCCGCUACGCUCAAUUCGACUGGCUGAAAAGUCGCCUGCUCCUUGUAUUUUACAACAUUAUGUUUCUCAGCUGGACUGCUCAUGGCAUGUAUGCAACGUUAACGCGAGCAAUGUAACGAGCGUGAUGCAGUUGCAUUGUUUGAAAUUAUUUGUGUAUUUAAUAAUAUUCUUUGACAGCU